AUGGGCACAGCUGUCAACGUAGCGGCAGCAUGGCUCGUCUCUAGAGUCAAGGUCCAGACUCUAGGUGCCGUGUCGGCGGUCAUCUCCGCCAUCGCUCCGAUUCUCAUGGCCACGGUCGAGCUCGACGGGUACUACUGGUUCGCGCCCUUCUGGGCCAUGCUCCUCUCGCCUGUCAACGCCGACGCCCUUUUCACCGUGUCGAACCUCAUCAUCUCCGACGCCUUCCCGGCGGACCUGCAGUCCCUUGCUGGCGGCGUCUUUAGCGAGAUCGGGCAGAUUGGCAACGCCGUGGGCCUCGCCGUGACGGCGGCCAUCGCAGCGUCCGUGACGGAGCACUCGGGCAUCGUCGACGACGCCGGGGAGGCACGCAUGGCGGGCUACCGCGCCGCAUUCUGGACCAUCUUCGCCGCCUCGGGGGCGGUGCUCGUCAUUGUGCUCUGGGGUCUCAGGAAGGGCGGCACGGUCGGGAAGAAGGAUGAGUAA